UCGUUUUGUAGUUCAAUUGAAAGAAUUAACAUCAGACCUCAGAUAUUCCUUUUCUUAUCUCAGACUAAAAGUAAUAAUCAGUUAAUGAAUUUCAUCUGAUUGUGGCACAGCAAGAGAUGUUUCAGUGAUGCAGAGUUCCUGUUUUUCUAGUAAAGAGAACUCAAAGUAGACACUGUCAACAAUGAAGCAAUGCAGCAACAAGGAAACGACAAUGAUUGUUUGUUGGUGUUCUCAGCCAACUGCAGAUAAGGAGCGUCUUUGUAUUUAUUUACAUAAAACAAAACACACUGGGGUGGGGCCUUACAAUGGAAAAGAAUUACACAAAUAGCAUCAAAAAUAAUACACACAUACUCGACACAAUUUUUUUAUGAUUUGAAUAUGAAUAGCUCUGCAUUAGAUUUUUUUAUGAUUAUGUAAUUCCAUUCGAAAUGAUAUGUAAAGUUGAAUCAUCUUGUUUUACAUAACGGCUGGCUUUUAUGGAGUGAUUUGCAGUUGGCCUGCAUGCAUUGUUGUGUUUGAGGAUUUGACCUGUCAGUUAUGAGAACUCAUCAAUAGGGUUUUAAUUAGCAUGCAUCUGGAUUAGACAGUUUGGCCCCGCCCAUCUCUCUGCAUCAGUUAAAUAAACCUCAAUCUGUGGAGGUGCUGGUUAGUGUGUCAGCUCUUUUCCCUCCCUCUCAUCUCUACUGCUCUCUCUACAUUCUCCUUAUUUAAAGUUACACACUCUGGGGAAAUAUAGUUAUGGAUCUCAAAGAGUUUUGCCUGAGUGAAAACUUCCAUUUUCUAAACCAGCAUGAUCUUCUAGAUGCGUCAUCCACCGAUGAUCCUCCGUCCCCUGUUGAUCCUCCGGUUAAAGCCAGACCUCAGAGCCCGUCGUUCAGCAGCGCGACGCCGUUCAGUCCCGGCAGCACCUCGGACAGCAGCGGCUACAGUCUCUUCUCCCAGAGUCACCUGAACCCGGACUCUCCCGUCAGCUCCAUCUCCAGCUCUGUCUACAAUCCCGUCAUCCUCAGCGGCGACUACAUCCCGUCACUGAACCCCGGGCCCAAACGCUUGUGUCUGGUGUGCGGAGACUUCGCGUCUGGUUAUCACUACGGUGUCGCGUCCUGCGAGGCGUGCAAGGCCUUCUUCAAGAGAACCAUUCAAGGAAACAUAGAGUACAGCUGUCCUGUGGUGAAUGACUGUGAGAUCACUAAGAGACGACGGAAGUCUUGCCAGGCGUGUCGAUUUCAGAAGUGCCUGCGAGCCGGCAUGAUGAGAGAGGGUGUGCGCAUGGACCGUGUAAGAGGCGGCAGACAGAAAUACAAGCGCAGGCUGGAUUCAGGCACCUCUGUCUUCACCAGAACACCUUACACACAUCCAGGCAAAACAAUCCGAAACAAAGUCAUCUCUCAGCUCCUGGUUUCUGAACCAGCCCCCCUGCGAGCUGCUCCGGACCCCUCGACCCCCGACAGUGACCUUAAAACACUGCUGACGUUAUGUGACCUUUUAAACAGAGAAUUACUGGUCGUGAUUGGCUGGGCAAAACACAUUCCAGGAUUCUCCGGUCUCUCAUUGGUGGAUCAGAUGGCCCUGCUUCAGAGUGGCUGGAUGGAGACCCUGGUUCUGAAUGUGGUGUGGAGGUCUCUGGGUUUGACUGAUGAACUUCAGUUCACAGAGAACAUGCGACUGAACGAGAGCCAGUGCAGCGCCGCGGGACUGCAUGAUCUCUACACAUCACUGCGACAUCUCGCUUCCAAAUACCAACAGAUGGGCUUGAACCAGGAGGAGAUGGUCACUCUCAAAGCCAUGUCUCUGGCCAAUUCAGAUGCAGAGAACGUAGAGGGCGCAGAUGCCGUGCAGAGUUUCCAGGACGCUCUCCACGAAGCCCUCCAGGACUAUGAGAGCAGUCAGAGACCCUCCGAGUCUCAUCGUGCCGGGAGAUUGCUCAUGACCCUGCCGCUGUUACGGCAGACUGCUCACAGGGCCGUCCGCUGCUUCUGUCGGCUACACACUGAGGGCCAUGUACCAAUGCACAAACUCUUUCUGGAGAUGCUGGAUGCCAAGAUGUAGACUAGGUCGGUCUAGAUGCCAAUGAAGGUAGUUUGAAAGAAAACCUAGUGAUGGUGUUAUAGGGCAGCUGAACUUGGGAAUGGGAAUCAGAGGAAGGCUGAUGUAUUUCUUCACUUGGUCUUUGGUGACUUGUUGGAGGACAAACUCUUUUCCGACAUGCAUCAGUUAAGUGGCGCAACUCUUUGGAGAGCUCAGGCAGCUAUACUGCACUUGAAGAUGCGAGGUUAAAGGGAUAGUUCGUCAGAAAUGAAACUUCUGUCAUCAUUUUUUUAUUGUUUAUUUUUUGAUGUGCACAAGAAUUUGAAAUACUAUUUUAAACAAUGAAAGUGAAUGGUGAUAAACACUAACAGUUUAAUGAUAGUGACUGACACAGUAACUUAAAGAUUUUCAGAAGGUAUGCCCAGUUUGGUUAAAAACAUUAUAUUAUUAUUGGGUUGAAAUAACCUGAGGAAUAAAUGAUGUUAGAAGUUUCUUUUUUUGUGAACUACUGCUUAACCAUGCUCAGUCUCAAUGAAGCACAAUCUUGAUGUUUUAUUAUUUAUUUGAUCUGUAUGAAAUACGAUGAGAUUAUCAAUUGAUAUGGUGUUGGCAGCAGAGUCGAUGUAAUUUUUGUAUUUCCUAAUGUUUUACAUGAUAUAUCAAUCAUUUUUGUAUCCUUUUAGAAUUUUGUCAAUCUAGAUUUGGGAAUUUGGUUACUUAUGUGACGGCAAAGCUUUAUUUUUAAAAAACUGCUGCAGCAAUAAAUGGCGAAAUGUAACAAAAUAUCAAUAAUACAUGUCUGUAAUAUAUUCUCAUGGAGCAAUACGCCUUUUUAUUUAUUGUCUUAUUUAUUAAAUCCAUCCACAGCUAUUUAUAUAAGAAUAAACUAUUUUUAUUUUGAA